CAUUCAAAGCCCAAGCUAAAUUAAAAAUUUUAUUUUAAAAAUAUAGAUAUAAAGUAGAAUUUUCCACGUCAUAAUCCUCUUGGCAAAAUCGAAACAUGACUCUUCUGUGCACGUCAUCCUCUCCCUAUUGUGAGCUGAUAGCUCACCCGUGCCGCGCGUAAAAAUCAGCGGAAAUUGUCAAAACUUCCAACAACACACAUAGUCACACACCAGUCAUCAGAAGAGUCCUUCUGGUGGUAAGACUUCUACCAUUAUUACUCCAAGUCGCUUCUUCUUCCUCUAAGCUCCACCGAAAUUUCUCCAGCUCCAUUAAUUGACCGCAAAACUUCUUCUUCUUCUUGUAUUAAUUACCACCACCUUUAUGGCUCUGUGUUCCACCGACACACUCAGAGCUACUUCCUGCAGGGAUGGCAAAGCGGCGGCCCACCUCAAAGUCAUCUCGAUUUUCGCGAUUUUCAUCACCAGCGUCGUCGGCAUAACCUUGCCGGUCUUCCUGGCUCGAUUGUUCCAAGGGAAGCCCGUAUACGACAAGGCGGUGCUGCUAAUCAAGUGUUUCGCCGCCGGUGUAAUCUUGUCUACUUCGCUGGUGCACGUGUUGCCCGAUGCAUUCGAUGCCCUUGCCGAUUGCCAGGUGGCCUCACAUCAUCCCUGGAAGGAUUUCCCCUUUUCCGGUCUGAUUACGUUAAUCGGUGUCUUGACGGCGUUGUUCGUUGACUUGACGGCGAGUUCGCAUGUGGAGGGGCACGGGCAUGGCCACGGACAUGGACACGGUAAUGCGCAGAAGAAGCUGAAGAGUUCGGGGUACACGCGAUUGACGCCGAUUGGGAGCGGGGAGGAAGCGGUGGAGAAGAAAUCGGUGGAGCCGGCGGCGGUGGAGGUGGGGCUUGUGGGGGCGGAUAUUGAGGCGGCACAGACGGAAGAAAUGGUGAAAUUGAAACAGAAAUUGGUGUCACAAGUGUUGGAAAUUGGGAUAAUUUUUCAUUCGGUGAUCAUUGGGGUAACAAUGGGGAUGUCUCAGAACAAAUGCACUAUUAAACCGCUGGUUGCCGCCUUGUCGUUUCAUCAGAUUUUUGAAGGAAUGGGACUUGGAGGUUGUAUUGCUCAGAUUUCUGCGGAAUUCCUUGAGCCAAGCUAGGCAUUAUGCCGAAAUGGAAUGAAUAUGCAAAUGGAAAGUUACAGAACAUCUGGUUCCUGCGAGGGCAUCUUGUAGAAAUUAUGCCAAACAUAACAAAUCUAUGGAUUUAUCUUUGGAAGGAACUAGGAAGGAGUUCCACUCUAGAGUAGCUUGUAGGACAAACCUUCGGCGUUUCAGUUUUAAUGUCAAUGCAAAUGGCUGGAAUUGCCAUUGAUUAUUUAACUGCCGUUUCCUUCCCCUGCGUCCGACUUUGCUCAUUCCUUGCUCUUGUCAAGAAUCUAAUAUUUGGCAGAAUCUUGUGUCUACUGAAUGGAAUAUGUCUUUCAUAGUCAAAGCUAAUGAAUUUGUAGGGGAUCCUCACACACUUCUUUUGUUCAUUCUAAAAACUAUCUCUGAGUGCCACCUAAAGGUUGUAGUUUCCAAUUGUAAAUUCAAUCUAUGACCAGAUCAUUCAAGUAUUUCUGCUGGAUCAUUUGAAAAGUUCCUUCGUGUAAUGUUUAUGACAUCACUCACUGCUUCUUUUUUCUUUUCAUCAAUAGUAGACAGCUUUUCUUCAAGGGGAAGUUUAUUUCCAUUACUCAGAUAUAUCGUAAUAAAGUUAUUGGAGCAUUUGCAAGGUGCCAACUUUUGUGUGCCUUUUCUGAUACUAAAUUAAGGCUAACUCUUUACGUCGUUUUCCUGACAUUACUGCUAUAUAUACCUCUAGAUUCCUUAUAAUCAUCAAAUUUCUCAUAGCUCUCAAAAUUCCAAGAUGAUUUCAUUGAUCAUGUUGUUAGAAUAAGAUAUUCAUACUUCCAAAUAAGAUGACUACAUCUAGUGCUUCACCAGUGUAGAUUGUUUCCUUUCUGUGAGGUAUUUUUCCCUGGUAUUUGAGCCUGUUUGAUCUGGACAAAAUAAGUGAACAAGUCUAAUUGUUGUCAUGCAGGCAGGAUUUAGCAUUGGAACGACGGCCUACAUGUGCUUCAUGUUUUCAGUGACAACGCCGCUGGGAAUAGUUCUAGGAAUGAUUAUGUUUGGGAUAACAGGAUACGACGAUAGUAGUCCAAACGCAUUGAUUAUGGAAGGGCUGUUGGGGUCGCUGUCUUCUGGGAUUCUGAUUUACAUGGCUCUGGUUGAUCUUAUUGCUCUGGAUUUCUUCCACAACAAAUUGAUGAAUUCUGAACAAUUCUUAAAAAAGGCAUCUUUUAUUGCCCUUGUUCUUGGCUCUACCUCGAUGUCUAUCUUAGCCAUCUGGGCUUAAAAAACCUAGAGCGAAAAAAUACUUAAGCAUUGUGACAUGUAAAAUGUAUAUCAUAUCUUUUAAUGAGAAUCAAAUGGUUUUAAACCAUUAGCUACCUUUCUAAAUUGUUAUUGCAAAUCCAACAAGGAAAACAUAAGGAAAAAGAAAGCAACCAGGAAACGGGUCUUAGUCACAUUAGGGAAGAAAAGUCCAGAAAGUAAGUCUUGAUACUUUAGGAUAGUGAUCGACUAUCAGUCAUCACAGGAUGCGAAAGUGGGAUUUGAAGUGGAAUUUCGCAGAAACUAUUUUCCUUUUG